GCUACACCUGCUCCAUCUCGCUAGCCAAUAUAUCCUUCUCCAUUAGAGCAUUCCGUUACCGAACUCAUCAGAAUAUUACCAUCACAGGCAGCCAUCUUCAUCAUCGUCAGAGGAAGAAGAAGCAUGAGCAAUGGCGGCUCUCCUACCUCCUCCCCUUCCGUUUGCUCAAGAUCAUGGUCUAUAAGCGAGGAUUCUCUGAGGAGGUAUGUGAGCUACGCCAGCGAGAGCUGCAUCCAGGAGCUGCUCGCCGCCUCGGACUCCGGACGGGGCGCCGGCGACGGCGAGGACGACGGAUGGAAGACGUUGGCGUACUUCAACGGCGUGGAGAUAUCGAAGCGGCAGUUGGGGACUGGGCAGAUGUUCCGGAGCCGGUGGCUGCUGCACGCCGUCUCGCCGGAGCAGUUCAUGGCCGUUGCCAACGCCGUCGACGCCGCCAAGCAGUGGGAGUCUGACCUCGUUGACGCCACGUACAUCAAGGAGCUGGGAGACGACCUGAGCAUCAUCCACCUCAAGUUCGGCGACGCCUCCAAGCUCUUCCGCCGGCGGGACCUGGUCGUGUACGAGCGGCGGCAGACCAUGGACGACGGCACGCUGGUGGUGGCGGUGGCGUCGCUGCCCAAGGAGAUCGCGGCGGGACUGCUGCCGCGGGACUCCAGGGGCCGGAGCACCGUCGGCAGGGGCCUGCUCCUCCAGUCAGGGUGGGUCGUCGAGAAGCUCCACGACGACGACGGCGCCGACUCCUGCCUCGUCACCUACGUGGUGCAGCUCGACCCGGCGGCCGGGUGGCUGCCGCGCUGCAUCGUCAGCCGCCUCGACAACAAGCUCGUCACCAUCAUCGCCAAGCUCAAGAAGCUCGCGCACACCACCACCUGCACGUCGGCGGCGGCGGUGCACGCGGCCGCAAGUAGCUGCAGCUCCGACGAGGCGUGUGAUCCAGGAGAAUAAAGCGUCUCAAUUCUCUGCUAGUGCGUGCUGUCAUUACUCAUUAGGCGUAAGUAAAUACGGUUUUGUAGAUAUAUGCAUGGUGUGUCGAGGUGAUUCACCGUACAGCUUUCAGGGUUGUUGUCAACGCCAUGAAUCUGUACUACGUGAUCCAGCGAGAAUCUGUAGUGUAUACGAUUACGUUCAUUAUUCGGCUUUGCAAACGAUCGACUGCACGCGUGCUUCUAAGUCCUAGCGGCAGUCUAAUAUAGUACUCCAGUGACGAAAGUAGCUACUGCAAUUUUGCCAUGUUAGUACCAGUUAUAGAUUUGGGUGUAUCCUGUUGUUCAGAGUUUCA